UUUAUAACCUAUGUCCUAUCAACACACGUGUACACGUAAAUAUGUAAUAUUUUAAAUUAAAAAUGGCUCAAAUACACAUCGACGAAGUUUAUCCCAAAAAUACUUUUUAUCCCAUGCUGGUAAACUUCCAAAAUGGUUAUACGACUGACAAUUUUGAGGCCCAAGACAUUGUUCUACUUGAGAACUCAAAAACUGGUAGUAAGACGUUAGCUACAGAAAUUGACGGCCUUUUAUACGCUGGUGAUGAAGAAAAUGAAGGGUUAGGGAAGACUUUUAUACUCGCCCGUGAUAAAUUAACUGAAAAAGUACGCAUAAUCGAAAGUGGUGUUGUUAGUUUGAAACCGAUACUAAAUGUGAAGGUUAACGAAACUCAGCCGCUCGAGAUUAACAAUUUAGAGCUCAGUAGAAAGUUCGGUUCCAAGAAACAGAAGCAACGCAUGGAACACCGGGAAAAGUUAAAAGUUAAUGUUGAAACUGUCACAGAACAAAUGCAAAACGUUGCGGAGCAGAUUACAGAAGAGAAACUUGAUUUACAGUCUUAUAAUAAAGCUGAUAAUGACGAUUUCUACAUACCACCCAUUGAUCGUACAGCGGACACCGUUGACGGAGUUUACGACAUCAACAAAAUCUUAACUGAAGAACAGUAUGAUAAAAUUUACUCGGAACUAAACGGUAAAGACAUUGUAUCAGAUAUGGUACCGUUUGUAAAAUCAAUAGCUAAUAAAAAGCUCUCGCCGAAGCAUACAGUGUUAGCGGUGUACGCAAACGCAUUACUACAGUUAUAUUCCACAAUGGUUAAGGAGAUAACAAAAAAAUCGUUUACAAUAUGUCCUCUAUCGCCGACUUUGAAUGAAUAUAUCUUAACUAACUUCCUAAGCUCUUCUAAUUCGAAACGGACACGACCAGCGCCGUUCAAGGAUAAGUCGUUAUGUCAUGCGAUAGUAUUUCUAUUAUUAAUUAAUAAUUAUAAGAUUGAGAUGGAAGGUCUAUGUGAGGCUCUCAAGUUGACACCUAACACGGCGUCAAUAAAGGUUAGGGUAACGGGGGCUUCUGUAAUCACAUCGGGUAAUAAAAAGAUGGUCCAUUUAAAGUUGCCGUUGAAUAAAACUGGUUUUAAACGGAGGAGUGCAAAGUUUUGAAUAAAUUUUUAAUAUAUUAAUAUGUUUUAUUGUUAAA